CGCAUAUAUAUAUCGUAGGCAGACCAUAAUUUAAUAUCUCUCCAUCAAACACAAGCAUUAUUCCUCAGAUCCUGCACAAACAAACCGGAACUGGCACCCACCAAUCCAACAUCCAUCAUGCCUUCGCCUCGCAACAUUCUCACCAGCCUUUUGGUUGCCUCUCUUUCAUCCACCGUCGCAGCCGAGCAUCUCCGUGUUGUUUGGUCUCAAGGUGACUUCUCGACCAUCUCCGGACCCUCAGGCGGAAGCCAAAGCGGCCACAGCUCCGGCUUCACAAUCCUCAAAGACGACGGCACUGCCAUUUACAGCAAGGCCUAUCCAGCCGACCAUUCUCCCUGCUACAACACCGGUAGCGGACGCGAGUUCACCUUCGGAGGCGAUUGUUGGACCAAGGAGCGCAAGUUCCGCUGCAAAUCCUCUUUUGCUGGUGACCCUGAGUCAUGCGAGGUCAAGGACCAGGAUGGAAACAGCCUUGGUACUGGAGAGGGCAAGACUGAUACAACCUUUAUUGGCAUCGCUAUCGCACAAGACUCUGCGUGUGUUGUUGAGUUCAAUACUGAUGACGAUGAGGAUUGCCCUAAGGAUGAGGACAACAACUUGGGUGUUAGAUCUGGUUAGGUCUCAAAAAUUGGUGAGGUGAAGGAAUAGGCAGCAGUGCAGGCAUUGAAAUACG